AUGAAGCUUUUGGGUGCUGUGGUGCUGGCUGCCAGCCUGCUGAGCACCUCAGCCCAGGGGGAGCAGCUCCCUUGGCCCGAUGAACCUUCCAGAACCUGCAUCUUCCAGCAGCUGAGCAGCCCAGACAGGGCAUUCUGCAGAGGGGGUUUAGAAAUCAUCUACCCGGAGCUGGGAGAUGUGAGCUGCAUUUACAUCCCCAAAUGCCACCGGUACCGCGGCCGGAUCAGCCGCGAGUGGGGUCCCCCUCGUGUUCGCUACCCACGGGCUGCCCAGAUAACUGGAGGCAUCUGA